CUUUCCUCCCCCUCCCCUUUGCCAUUUCAUCAAAUCAUCAGAUUUUAGCUCAUAUCUGAGUUAACACAUCGGCUUAGCAAACGCUUAGCCCAUUUAAUUUAGUACCACUUUCUUUUCUAAAUUAUUUUAUCAUUUACUUUUAUUAUUUAUAAUUUUUUUACACAUCCAAGUGCACUUUAAAUUAUCUACUGAGCGUUCACAAUUUCGUCUCUGAGGCCUUUGGUCUCGGCCAUUGGCCAAAAAAUCAAGAAAAAAUUACGAAAGAAUUAUAUGAAAUAUUUAUAUUUUUACACUAUUUCACAAUAUUAUUGGCGAAAUAAUAUCGUUUGCUGCAAUGUCUCAGUGGAAUAAUUCUUACUCCUACAAUAAUCAGUACCACACACCUAAUAAUUGGAAUGGGGACUAUAACAACCAAUAUCAGGCAUACUAUCCAAACGCUCAAUAUAAUGCGAACCAAUAUGUAAGCUUCGAUGAAUUUUUAUCCCAAAUGCACAUUUCCAACCCUCAAACAAACCCAUAUAAUACUCAAUAUCCAAACUAUCCCAAUAGUCAGUAUGCACAGUUACCUAAUUAUCAAAAUGAUUCACCCAACCAAAACUCUCAAGCUGUGUAUAAUUAUGAAACUAGUUCAAGCAAUUAUAAUUACAACAAUGAAACAUACCAGGGGAAUACAGAAGAACAGAUUCAGCAAACAUCAAUAGAUCAACAAUUACCAAGAGAAGUUGUGAAAUCCAAACUCAUGCCCACUGCCACUGAGUUUGUCCCUAAGCAAUCUAGCACUAGUAAUAAAGAACAACAUUCAAGCAAUACAAAUAGAAAUGCAGGUGAUAGUAACAAUUCCAAGCCAUCAGGUUCAACAAACUGGAGAGAAAGACCGCAGAACUCAAAGAAUUCUUUUACUUCAGAAUCUAGCAACUUUUACCAAAAAAAUGUGAAACCUCAAGAAUUAAAUAACCGCCAUAACAAAUAUGAUUCAAAAUACCGCAAUCAAGAUAAUCAAAAUACCAAUGGUGAAAGUAGUGGCCAAAAUUCUGCAAACCCUGUGCACAAAGAUCGUCCAAGUGAUGCUAAUAAUCGCAAAGGCAAAUCUAAGAGCAGACCCUUUGAAAACAACCAAAAUUUGGAACCUAGUUUCCGCAACCAAUAUAAUCAAGGCUACAAUAACCAGUCAAAACCUAAAAACCGUACUUACAAUGGCUGUAAUCAUGAAUCUAACCACAACGAAGAUAUAAACGAUAUCAGUUCAGCAUCCGAAUUACCUGAAAAUUCUAACAGUGACGAAGGGGGCCAAUCAAAAAGUAAUUCUAAGUUUAAAAGCAAAGACUCUGACCCAAGUCGGACUUUUUAUAACAGUGGAAUGCCAAAAGAAAGCCAAGAUGUAAGAAAUGGUAGAAGUGAAGGGUCAGGAAGGAAUCGUAGGUGGAUAGGAAGUCAAAGGUUAAAAGGUGCGGAAAGAGAUAUUUAUGAUGAUGAACAGUAUGCAAAGUCUUAUUUCCAUGCCAAAGAAGAAAGAAAUAGGGAUAAUCUAUCAAGUCCGGCCAAAGGGAAGAGUAAAAACUUGUCUAACCCGGGAGCUAACAUAGAUAUGACACAACGUGAGCGCUUAAGCGACCAACUAGACAGGGGCACCCUUGAGUGUCUUGUAUGCUGCGAGAGAGUUAAACAAACUGAUCCAGUAUGGUAUUGCGGUAACUGUUAUCAUGUAUUGCAUCUUCGUUGCAUAAGGAAAUGGGCUAUAAGUAGCAUGAUUGAAACGAAAUGGCGAUGUCCAGCAUGCCAAAAUGUGAAUCAAGACAUACCAACCGAGUAUAGAUGUAUGUGUGGUGCGGUCAGGAAUCCAGAAUACCAGAGGGGAUCGAGUGGUGCUCAUACAUGUGGCAAGUCCUGUAAGAGAAUGAGGCUCUGCCCUCAUCCAUGCACACUAUUGUGCCACCCUGGACCAUGCCCUCCGUGCCAGGCCACUAUAAGCAAGCAAUGCGGCUGUGGGGCGGAGACGCGUUCAGUUCUAUGUAGUAGUAAAUUACCGCAAGUCUGUGGAAGAGUGUGUAAUAAAAAAUUAGAAUGCGGGGUUCAUUCAUGCACUAAACAGUGCCAUGAAGAACAGUGCGACCCCUGCGAGGAAAUUGUCACACAAGUGUGUCACUGCCCCGCGGCCAAGUCUCGCUCCGUGGCGUGCACGUCACACACGGACCGCACCAGCUGGUCCUGCGGCGAGCAGUGCGGGCGUGUGUUGUCAUGCGGAGCGCACGUGUGUCGCGCGACCUGCCACGCCCCGCCCUGCCCUGCGUGUCCCCUCACACCCGACAACGUGCCGGCCUGUCCGUGUGGCAAGACUAGGAUCAAUAAAGAUCAGCGCAAGACUUGCGUGGACCCCAUACCGCUCUGUGGCAACAUUUGUGCUAAGCCUCUACCGUGCGGGCCGGCGGGCGACAAGCAUAUAUGUAAAGAGAGCUGUCACGAAGGUGGUUGCCGCGUCUGUCCCGACACAACUCUGCUGCAGUGCCGUUGCGGUCACUCGAGCCAAGAGGUGCCGUGUGCUGAUCUGCCGCAGAUGAUCAACAACGUAUUGUGUCAGAGAAAAUGUAACAAGAAGUUGUCAUGCGGCCGUCACCGCUGUCAUACCCGGUGCUGUGACUCUGCCACUCAUCGCUGCGCCGUCGUCUGCGGCCGUUCUCUCUCAUGUCAGCUCCACAGAUGUGAGGAGUUCUGUCACACUGGACACUGCGCGCCCUGUCCGAGAGUCAGUUUCGACGAGCUCCAUUGUGAGUGUGGCGCGGAGGUGCUGAUGCCGCCGGUCCGCUGCGGCACCAAACCACCCGCCUGCAGCGCCCCCUGCCGCAGGAGCAGACCCUGCGGUCACCCGCCGCACCACUCGUGCCACUCCGGCGAUUGCCCGCCAUGCGUCGUGCUUACAACUAAAAUGUGUUACGGAAAACAUGAAGAACGGAAAACAAUACCGUGUUCUCAAGAAGAAUUCUCCUGCGGCCUGCCGUGCGGGAAACCUCUUCCUUGCGGUAAACACACUUGUAUCAAAAUAUGUCACAAGGGAUCUUGUGAUAUAAGCACAUGUAGUCAACCCUGCACAUCCAAACGGCCGAGUUGUGGUCACCCGUGUGCUGCGAGGUGUCACUCUAGCGGCGGGGGCUCCUGUCCCAGUGCGGCGCCCUGUCGCCGGCCAGUACGAGCCACCUGCCAGUGUGGACGAAAACAAACAGAGCGAUCUUGCUGCGAUAACGCCAGGGACUAUGCCAAGAUGAUGAGUACCCUAGCGGCAACGAAAAUGCAAGAGGGUGGCACUGUGGAUAUAUCAGAUGUUCAACGACCCGGAUCAAUGCUCAAAACAUUGGAGUGUGACGAGGAGUGCUUCGUAGAGGCUCGGAGCCGUCGCCUGGCUUUGGCACUUCAGCUGCGAAAUCCUGACGUAUCGGCCAAGCUCGCGCCUCGAUAUAGCGAUCAUCUACGAACAACGGCCGCCAGGGAACCAACCUUCGCACAACAAAUACACGACAAGCUGACGGAACUCGUCCAAUUAGCCAAAAAGUCCAAACAGAAGACGAGAGCACAUUCAUUCCCAUCUAUGAACCGCCAAAAGCGUCAGUUCAUCCACGAGCUGUGCGAACAUUUCGGAUGCGAAAGUGUUGCGUAUGACGCUGAACCUAACAGAAACGUCGUUGCUACAGCCGACAAGGAAAAGUCUUGGCUGCCGGCUAUGAGUGUACUGGAGGUGUUAUCCCGAGAGGCUGGUAAGAGACGUGUACCCGGGCCGGUACUACGAGCGCCCGCCGCCGCCCUACCACCAACAAAGGAAAUACCAUCCACCACCUCAAAGUCCUCAUCGGGUGGCUGGGCAACGCUGACAUCUACUAACGCGUGGGCGGCCCGCAGUCAGCCCAAGAAGGAAGAAACCAAAAUUGACUAUUUCGAUAACCCUCCAGAGUAAAACUAGAUAGAGCGAAACAUUGUAUUGUAGUUAGUCAAUAUAUUACCCAAUUUGUUUAAUAAUUUAAUCUAAACAAUUAUAUAGAAUAAAAACAACAACAUAAAAAUGUUCAGCUAUAACAAGACUUACUGGAACGCUCACAGGACAGUAAAAUUUUGAUUAGGCUAAAUUUAUGGUCUUAAUUUUAUAUAUAACCUUGAAAGACAGAGUAUUGAUCCGAGUUACUAUUAUGUACAACUCUGUUUUUCAAAAAGUAUAUUGAUUGUUGUUGAUAUCAAAUCCAAUUUUGUUGAGGUCGCUAGUGUCUCUGUAAAUGUAUAGUUAUAUGAAUUGACCCGGUGACUGCAAUAGGUACUGGAAUAGUAACAUAUUUUGUAUAUUUAUUUAUAUUAUUUGUUAUUAAAUCAGUUUUCAGAGGUUAUGUUUCAAUAUAUUAAAUUGCAGGACGUUAAAGAUUUGUGCAGGAUGUUAAAGAUUUGUCCACUCAUUUAUUCUCUUAUGCUUGAUAUACAGAAAAUAUAUAUAUAUAUAUUUAUUUAUAACACUGCUUAAUUUUAACGAUUAUUGGCAUUUAUAUCUUUUUGCAAAAUUAAAUCUUGAAGUUUUUUAUUAUCUUAUUAAAUUUUUUUUUUUUUUUUACUAUAAAGUGUUGAGUUAAAAUUAUUGUGAUUUUAAUUAAUUACGAACUCUUGUCAUAUCGCCUUUGUGUUUAUAACAUAAAAAAUAGGAAAUGGAACUUGUGUUACCUCAAUACUGUCCCUCUCUUAUAAUAUUUGGAUGUUUUGUAAUAUUUUAUAAAUAUUGUAUUUUUAAAGAAUUCAUGUGUUCAGCUCAAACUAGCUAAUAUAGAAUUCUUAUAAUAUUGUUAUAAGACAUAA